CACACCAGGAAGUCGCAUAUUGGGUGGACUACGCGCUGUCUCGAAGACGUAGUUUCUCCUUGCUGCAUACUUGGCAUUCGCGCAAGUAGUUACUUUGUGUCGUGGUGCGAAAUUCGCACCAGUGUGGUGAAUGAAAAAAAAAAAAGAAACCCGUGAGCUAUGAGUGCUUUUGAAUCAGUGCCGAUCUCCGAAAUAAUGUGAACGUAAAAAGGGUGCUUUUACAGGCCAGCAAAAUAUCCCUACUUCAGUUCGUCAUCACGAUCGACAACUCAAUCGAGUGAAGGGUGCGGACAAGGAGAUACGGUCAUAAACAUCACCAGACACAACGCGACUUUGUGCCUUUGACUGCAUCUGUACUGCGUGCCUUAGAUGUUGAAAUUCCUUCGAGAUCUCUCACUUUUUUUUCCUACAUCAACUCGGGGCAACAUGCUCCCUUCUUGGAGAACCCAAGUUGCAAUGGCUUCAGCAUAAAUCAAGAACAUGGGAUCAUCUGUGAUGUGGGCCAGCCUCCUUCGGCAUACGACUGCCGUUCUUUCCUUGGUGGUUACGGCAACCAUCUCUGAAGCGUGGUGGUGGGAGAAAAUCAACGCCACGUGCCCUAGAUUGGAUCACUGUGUCUGUGAGAACGGGACGUAUGCUGUCUUCAUUCAGUGCCGGCACAUCGCCGAUGCCCAUCAACUAGACGGGGACAUGGCAAAACUGUUGGGAAUACCACACAAGAAGCUUACCUUGGAAAGUGUUAAUAUUACUGAUCUGCCACUUGAAUGGUUUUUGAACAAAAAGGUGAAUAUCCUGUACAUCUUUCAAUGUCCUCUACGUAACAUGUCUGCUUCGGUGAUAGAAAAUAUACAAGGCUUGAGGAAACUACGCAUGAAGAAAGGAAAGUUGGAGAGUGUCCCGCCAGGCCUUGCAGCGGCUAGACACUUGAGCAUCUUGAGAGUGUCCGAGAACCCGAUCAAGGUACUGCGGGGAGCCCUCAGCAUGCCCAAUUUAUUAGAGCUGGACCUCAGCCACAAUGCAAUCGAGAAUGUGGACGAGGAGUACCUGUCGGCUUUUCCCAACCUGAUACGUUUGAAUUUGUCCCGCAACAAUAUCAGCCACCUGGCGCCAAAUAUUCUUGACAAAAUUAAGAAGGUGAAGUACAUCCAGCUUCGUAACAACAGCCUCGAUACGAUAGAAGACCAAUUUCACGAACUUCUCUCUUUAGAGCACCUCGACCUAAGUGCGAACCAUAUUACCAGCGUCAACACUCUGCUGAAGUCCAAAAUGACGUCCUUAGAAAAACUUUGGCUCGAAGACAACAAAAUAAGGACCAUAAACAGAUUUUCCCAUUAUAAUACUAACAUUAAAGAACUCCGCUUAAAGAACAACGUGAUUACUGAGGUAGAGCUUGAAGCUUUCGUGUCAUUGAAAAACUUGUUACGCCUAGACCUGAGACAGAACAAAAUUUCAGCUUUAAACGAGGCUGUUUUCGGAGUGGACUCUAAACUCGAUCUUCUGGACAUUGUCAAAUAACGCAUUGAUUUCUAUAUCAGGGACAUUCAACAGGACACGUCGAAUCACCCAUUUGAAGCUAUCCGUUAACCUUAUCAGAAAUAUCACAGGUGCAUUUACCGGUCUCAGGGACCUCAAAAUUCUCUCACUGACUGGGAACUUUCUCGAAUACAUCGAGGAUAGCGCUUUUAGCGACAACCUCGGCCUCGCGCACAUCAGUGUGGCGGAAAACAAAAUUCAAUGGAUUGGCAGAAACGCCUUCAAGGGCUUAGUAAGCCUGAGAAGCUUGCGUCUCGAACGUAACCAGCUCCAUUCACUUAACGGCUCCAUCAAAAAUCUGCCUAAGUUAAGAUAUGUGGAAGCAUCCGGCAAUUCCAUACGGUUCUUGCAAAUCGACGAAUUCGAGAAUGAUUCCGGUCUAAAGUCUGUCUAUUUGUCAGGAAACAACAUCAGCAAUACUCAGGGGGCGUUCACAGCUGUGGCGGCGUUGAUGACACUGGACGUCGGGCAUAAUCGGCUGGAGACCAUGCGCCGAAGAGACUUCCCUCGCUGGAUGAAACACAAGCUCAUCCUAAUAUCCGCGGUACGUCUUGCUGUGACACGAAUGACUGUUGUUCGUAGUAUUCAUCAGGCUCAUAAAGACUUGGGAUUCCUGUCAAACACAUCUUUCCUGAAGGUAACGUCAAAAGGUUCAGGAAAUUUUAUUUAUUGAAAUAAAUGUUACAAG